AUGGCUUUAUUCAGCGAAAAUGAAUUUAUAUUUUCCUUUGAGCAAAUUGAGAAAGCAGGAGAAGUGGAAACACAAAAAGCAUUUAAUGAAGAGGAAUUACUGGAGAAAGAUGAGUAGUACUACUUUAGCAAAGAUUAGUAUUUCUCGCCAGUCAAGAGAGGUGUGUUAGAGGACAUUUAUAACGAUGCAUUGAAUGUCAGUUCGAUAUUUAUGAACAAGACUUCUCUACUGUAAUAUGUUGACAAGUAAUUCAAUACUAUUGUGGACUAGGAAGUUGAGUAAAAGAGCAAAGCACUAGAUUCCUUAUACCAGACUCUAUCAAAUUAAUUCCCAGGGUUUUAUGUACCCAAGCUAAGUAAAAGAUAGAAGAAACUUCUUUAAAGUGGAACUCCAUUGGAAAAGCGAGAAUUAGUUAAGAACUAUAUAAUUAGACUAUCAGACUAUCAAUAUCUAAUCUAGCAUAAAGCAUUCAAAUCAUUCAUUGAGAAAAAGAUUGAGAUUAAAAAACAUCUUAGUGAUCCUAAUAGUUUCGGAGUGGAAGGAGAUCCUAUUGAAGUUGCUGAGAGAUUCAGAGAGACGUUUGGCUAUCUAAUGGAGUUGUAGAUCAAAGAUCAAGAUAUUAAGAUCAUAGAUUUAUUUGACCAGUACAUUAAGAGUAAGAAUCUCGAGUUAUAGCAGAUGAAGAAGGAGCUUAAGACUAUCAAGAGUAAGUGUGUUGCAGAAUAUAAGGUUGAAGGAAAGAUAUCAAACCAAAAGGUUACAUACCAAAGCUUCUACUAUCAUCUUAAAACUACUGCUGAAGUAUUAGGCAUUAAGAACAGAGAGUUUAUGAAUUUGCAAAUCAACACCCAGUCACAGAGAAUAUAAAGUCAAAGAGAUGAAAUUUAAGAACUUAUGAAUUAUGUUGAUGAAGAAAUUAGUGAACUAGAUGUAGGGAUAUUUGAUUUAAUAAUAAUUAUAGAGCUUUAAGGAUGCUAUAGUGGUGUUAAAAAGGUACUUGAACACUAGAAACUAACUAAGACUUAAAAUGUCCAAGUCAGUAGAUCAAUACAACAACUAUGUCAUUUCUAAGAAUAUGGAUUCGGUAAAAGCAUUAUUAUAUAUAUAACUCCAUUUUAGAGAAGACGUUAAACAAUGGAUGAGACUGGGUUAAAGGAGGAUGAUAAUCCUGGUUCAAGAGACUCUUAAUCGGCUAAAUAAAAAAAGACUACUGUAGAAAAGCUUGAGGAUGAAAUGGAGUAAUUAAGUUUCGAAAAUGGGGCUUAUGAGACUAUCUGCUAGAUCAUGAUUGCUAACAUGGCUACUUUUGAUAUUGAGAAAUUUAAAGCUCAAAGGCAGAAGAGCUAUUACUAUUUGAUUUCCCAGUUAGCUAGAAAGAAACUAGAGGAUUUGAAAAAUGGCAAUUAACACUUUGAACAUAUGAUUAAUGUCCUAAGUAUGUGA